AGGGAGUACAGAGGGAGGGGGUCUUGGUCAGCUGACAGGUUCUUCCAUUUCCCACCCCCCCGUACGCACCCACCACCCCAAUUCUGUCCCCCCAUUCUGUCCGGGCUGCGGGAACGCGGCAUCUGGCUGGUGUGCUGCAAGCGGCCAGACCUGGGAUGGAGGAGCAUGGAGAGGAUGGGCAGGAGAGCAAGCCUUCUGGCUCCGAGGACCCUGGAGAGACCUCCCUGCAGGUGGAGAUCUCAGACGCUGUGAGCGAGCGGGACAAGGUGAAGUUCACGGUGCAAACCAAGAGCUGCCUGCCACACUUUAUGCAACCCGAGUUUUCCGUGGUUCGGCAACAUGAGGAGUUCGUCUGGCUGCACGACACCUAUGUGGACAAUGAGGAAUACGCUGGUUUGAUUAUCCCCCCUGCUCCUCCGAGGCCAGACUUUGAGGCUUCGAGGGAAAAGUUGCAGAAGCUCGGGGAAGGGGACAGUUCCAUUACUCGGGAGGAAUUUGCCAAAAUGAAGCAAGAGCUGGAGGCGGAGUACCUGGCCAUCUUCAAGAAGACCGUGGCAAUGCAUGAAGGCUUUCUGCAGCGCCUGGCAGCGCACCCCACUCUGCACCGGGACCGCAACUUCUAUGUCUUCUUGGAAUACGGCCAGGAUCUGAGCGUCCGAGGAAAGAACCGGAGGGAACUCCUUGGAGGCUUUCUGAGGAAUAUUGUCAAGUCUGCAGAUGAAGUGCUCAUCACCGGUGUGUCGGGGCUCAAGGAGGUGGAUGACUUCUUCGAGCAUGAGCGGACCUUCCUGCUGGAGUACCACAGCCGCAUCAGGGAUGCCUGCCUGCGGGCCGACCGGGUCAUGAGUUCCCACAAGUGCCUGGCGGACGAUUACAUCCCCAUCUCGGCUGCACUGAGCAGCCUGGGGACGCAGGAAGUCAACCAGCUAAAGAUGAGCUUCCUCAAAUUGGCGGAGCUCUUUGAACGACUAAGAAAGCUGGAGGGCCGAGUGGCGUCAGACGAGGACCUCAAACUCUCCGACAUGCUGCGCUACUACAUGCGGGACGCCCAAGCAGCCAAGGACCUGCUGUACCGGAGGCUGCGGGCCCUGGCGGACUAUGAGAAUGCCAACAAGGCACUGGAUAAGGCCCGCACCAAGAACCGGGAGGUGCGCACGGCCGAGAGUCACCAGCAGCUCUGCUGUCAGCGCUUCGAGCGUCUCUCGGAUUCGGCCAAGCAGGAGCUCAUCGACUUCAAGUCCCGCCGUGUCUCCUCUUUCCGCAAGAACCUAGUUGAAUUGGCAGAGCUGGAGCUCAAACAUGCCAAGGCCAGCACCCUUCUUCUCCGCAACACCCUCAUUGCUCUCAAGGGGGAGCCCUAGAGCAACCUCAGCGACGGACCUCUUCAGUGGGACCCCAGGCCCCCCUAUUACUGGUUAUGCCCUGACCUCCCGAGGACCUACGCCCAGCCCCAAUCCCAACCCCACCCCAAGGUGCCAGGCCCUGCAAGAUGGAGGGCCUGGGGUAACCCUCAGCCCAUCAGUAAACCAAAGCCAGCCUGAGGUGACCCC